AUGGCUGACCGUGUGUUGUACAUUGACCCGACAUUGCGCCAGAUGCGUGAUGCUCUCGAGAACGAUGGCUUAGGUGCGUUGCUGAAGUGCAUCAUGGAGGAAACGCACGGCAUCGGUUCAGAGGCAGAUGCUACGAUGCUGCUCGCACAAGUUGCUCCUAAUAUGCUCAGAAGCAUACUCCUUAACAGUCUUCCGGUAGACGUCGCUACUGGUCGUGUCGUCCUACAACCUUGGGAGAAAAUCAGUUUCAGAUCACAGUACGAGGACGAACUGGAGCCGGGAAUUUACAUUAACAUUCUUGCGCCCCGAGAUGGAUCACCCCUAAGCCUGGAUGAAUUAAGUCGAUUCCUUGAAGGUUUGGAAGCAGCUUCCUACCAUCGCUUUCACAGCGGAAGCUCGGAGGAGCUCCUCUGCGCGAUCAGGGGCUCGAAUCUGGUCCAAGAUCUCAACGAGUUCCUCGGCAUCAACAAAUUCAGGCUUGAACACGCACGAGCACAGAACGCAACACACAUGGCAAUCCUUCCCCAUUGUGAUUCGGCACGCAACAUUCACAGCGCCUGCAAGGAACACUACAAGUUCAAGGUACCAGCACUCUUAAGUCUAGCAAGAUGUGUUCUUGGUGCUUUGUUCCCGGACAAGCAGUUCAGGUUGUUCAACUACUGUCUGUUCAGAGCUUUCACAGCCUCUCACCUCACAAUCGGGCAAUCAAUCGGCCUCCAGCUUACUGGAUCUAACGGCAGAUACGGCGGGUUCAAUUUCACUGCACAUGAAGAUCCCGGCGCAGCUGAGACUGAGGCUGAGAUCAAGAGAGAGCCAGAGAUCACUGAAAGUGAAUGGAUGACGGUACGUGACCGUGAUAUCACCUUGCUGGAUAAGUUCGAUCCUCUCUUGGCCGAAUCUUGUCGUCACCGCAGGUUUGGCGUUCUCAUGCAAUUGAGAGUCGCGGUUCAGGCAUUUGAUGAGAAACUUGAAGACGACAUCAAACAACUCGAACUUGCCAGGCUUGAGCACCAUCAAAAGUCCUAUGCGGUACACCACACAGCAAACUAUCGCCAGCAACCUGAAACACUCGACCAAGAGAUGAUCGCGCAUCAGGCUCUCAAACUGUUGACAACAGAGGAGGGCGAGAAGAUCGAUCGUGCUUUGGACAAUCUAUCGAGUCAAUUCACAGAAGCUGGCUGCGAAGCUGAAAUGCAACGUCUGACAGGUGGUCUGUUCCCGGGCAGGCCCUCACUCUGA